AUGUCUGUCGAGAUCGAUCCCCAGGAGCUCGGCUUCCACCGUCCCUUCACCGUUGAGGUCUCCGAGGUCUUGAAGAUUAGGAACCCCAAUUCCUCUCCCGUGGCCUUCAAGGUCAAAACCACCGCACCCAAGCAGUACUGUGUGCGCCCGAACUCGGGGCGCAUCGAGCCCGGCAAGGAGGUGGAGGUUCAAGUCAUCCUCCAGGCCAUGAAGCAAGAACCGCCGCUCGACACAAAGUGCCGUGACAAGUUCCUCGUCCAGUCGGUGCCCAUCUCGGGCGACAAGGAGUUCAGCAACUUGGCUUCCAUUUGGGAUGGCAUUGAUAAGUCCCAGAUCCAGGAGAAGAAGAUCCGAGUCGUUUUCCUGUCUUCUGGCGGCGCUGCCAGCAACCAAGCCGAUGUGUUGGCCACCCCGAACAAGUCUACGCUCGCAAAUGGCCACGAGGGUACCCCUGACGUCGCACCACCCGCAUACCAGUCGCCUUCCGACUACGUCAAGUCCUCCCCCAAGGACGAGCCUACGAGCGAUGCCGACAACUCGCCUUCUACGUCUGCACUGGGCGGUGUCGCAGCCACUGUAUCCACAAAGGCCUCCGAGACGUACGAGGAGCUGAAGGCACAACUCUCACAGGCUCAGCAGACGAUCGUGCAGCUGAAGAACGACCAGGGCGGCUUGAGGCAGCGGAAGCCGGCCGAGGACAAGUCCUCGUCGGCGCAGUCCGGUGCACCGCUCGCCCAGCAAGUGCGCCAAGGGACCGAGGGCGUGCCGGUCAAGAUCACGGCCGUCCUGUGCCUGGUGAGCUUCUUGCUGGCCUACCUUUUCUUCUAG